GGGAAUUUUAAACCUCGGCAGAAGGAAGGAGGCUUUUCCUGGCAGCAGCAGAGAGACAGCGGCGGUUGGGUGAUAUACAUUUAUUAUUGUUGUACCUGGAGGGGACAUCUUUACAUUUCAUUAUGGCUGUGGAUGACAUUGAGGAACUUCUCAAGUAUUAUGAACUACAUGAAACAAUCGGGACAGGUGGCUUUGCAAAGGUUAAAUUGGCACGUCACUUACUUACUGGUGAACAGGUUGCAAUAAAAAUAAUGGACAAGCUGGCUCUGGGGGAUGACUUGCCUCGUGUAAAAACAGAAAUUGAAGCCAUGAAGAGCUUAAGCCACCAGAACAUCUGCCGGUUAUACCAUGUGAUUGAGACACCAAAGAAGAUAUUUAUGGUUCUAGAGUACUGUCCUGGAGGAGAACUGUUUGACUACAUAAUUGCAAAGGAUCGCUUACCUGAAGAUGAAGCACGCAUCUUUUUUCGCCAAAUUGUUGCUGCAAUUGCAUAUGUACACUGUCAGGGGUAUGCUCACAGGGAUCUCAAACCGGAAAACCUGUUGAUUGAUGCUGAGCACAACCUAAAACUGAUAGAUUUUGGUCUCUGUGCAAAACCAAGGGGUGGUCUGGAUUACCAUCUAAGCACAUGUUGUGGAAGUCCAGCAUAUGCAGCUCCAGAGUUAAUUCAGGGAAAAGCUUACAUUGGCUCAGAGGCAGAUAUCUGGAGUAUGGGAGUUCUUUUGUAUGCUCUCCUCUGUGGAUUUCUACCAUUUGAUGAUGAUAACGUUAUGGCACUCUACAAGAAAAUAGUGAGAGGCAAGUAUGAGAUUCCAAAAUGGCUCUCACCUGGCAGUGUGUUGCUUCUGAACCAGAUGCUGCAGGUGGACCCAAAGAAACGGAUAAUGGUUAAGCAUCUCUUAAAUCACCCAUGGCUCAUGCAUGGCUACUCCUUUACUGUCCAGUGGCAAAGUAAAUACCCUCUUGGUCGUCUAGAUGAAGAUUGCAUAACAGAACUUUCCGUAUUUCACAAAUGUAGCAGAGAAACUAUGGCAGAUGUCAUUUCAGAGUGGAAAUAUGACCAUGUGUCUGCGACAUACCUUUUGCUUCAAUCCAAGAAGGCUCAUGGUAAACCUGUUCGUCUGAGGAUUCCUUCUCUAACAGCAGACUGUGCCAGCAUCACUCCAUCUAGAGAACGGAAGGUCAAAAAAACUCUAAGUUAUGAUGAUGACCUAGACAGUAAUGAAACACCUUAUGUGUGUGGAUCCAUGGAAUUUUUAGCCUCUGCUGAAGAAGUUCAAACAACAUUGUGCAACUCACCCAAAACCAAACAGCCUCAUAUGUUCUUGGAUGGUGGAGAGUUCACACCACCUCAUCUUCCUGUGCCAAGGAGAGGGGGAACAAAGAGACAUGCCAACAAAGAAAACUGUAGCACCAUCAUUACAGCAAAGCCAGAGCCCUUUGUUUUGCCUCCUCCCAAGACGCCAACUUGUGUCAUGAAUGAGAACAGAGUGCUGACUGCUCCAAACCAUGCACUUCCACAUGAAGACAGAAGUCAAGUCACUAGAGAAACCCCUGUUAGGCUACCAACACCUGCAAAAUCAGAAGAAUUAGCAGCAGGAGCCAUUAGCCCUGAGAGAAGGUGUCGCUCAGUAGAAUUGGACUUGAACCAAGCUCAUAUGGAAAGUGGCCAAAAAAGGAAAGGAACCAAAAUGUUUGGGAGCCUUGAAAGAGGUUUGGAUAAAAUGAUCACAAUGCUAACACCAAAUAAAAGGAAGGGGUCUACAAAAGAUGGCCCAAGGAAGUUAAAGGCUCAUUACAAUGUCACAACAACUAAUUUACUAAGUCCAGAUGAGCUGCUGAAGGAGAUAGUUGCUGUACUGCCAAAGAAGAAAGUUGAAUAUGUACAGAAAGGCUAUAAACUGAAGUGUCAAACACAGUCAGACUUUGGCAAAGUGACAAUGCAGUUUGAGCUGGAAGUUUGCCAGCUAAGCAAACCUGAAGUUGUGGGCAUUCGGAGGCAGCGGCUGAAGGGUGAUGCUUGGGUCUACAAGCGGCUAGUGGAAGACAUACUGUCUAGCUGCAAGUUAUAGCUCUCAGAUCAUUGUGACAAUAGGACAGGUUUACCCAACUUAGCCACGUUGAUUUUAGUUUCUGGUAAGGUAACUUAAUCUGUCCCAAGAACUAAUAUUUUAUUUGUUUUUAAAUAGAAACUUCUUUGUGAAUAAAUCUGACCUAUUGUGUCUUUAUCUACCCUAGUCUCUUUUUUUAAAAAAAUCUGUAUAUUAAUAUCAACUGUGCCUUCGUCUGGCCUCAGUUGAAUCUGUCCAACUUUAUUUGGAUUUCGAAAGAGAUAGUGUUCUUAUUUCUACACUGGGACAUCAUAUAAUAAGAAUGAAUUUGUACCCUCGAAAUGCAUUUACCAGAAUGGUUAAACUAAGCUACAGCUAUGUUCCAAAGUCAGGUAUGACUUUUGCUUGCUUUUUGGUACUACUUCCCUGUAAUAAACAUGUAACUAUGGUCA